GAUUUUUGUUUGGUUCGGACGUGUAAUCUGUGUGCGCACUGCCUACACUACGUUCUUUCUCUGUUUUAUUGUAAUCGUUUGUCCAGCAAAUAGUGUGAUGAAGGCAAAAUGAUUCUUCAUUCGAUCAACUCUGAAAAUAUCGAAUAUAAUUUUCUCAUUCGGUUUGUGUCUUGAUAGUUUAGACGGCAUCAAGUUAUUAGUGCAUCGUUUGCGAUCCAAGCGAAUCGAUAGAACGAGAUAAAUAGACAAUAAAUUGUGUUCGCGUAUUGGUGAUCUGGUUUAGAUGAGGAUAUUUAUCAAACAACCGUCGAUUCGCGAGCAUUGAUCUCGUUGAUGCUCCGGCACCAUCUCUCUUUCUUUGUGAAAAAUUGAUUGUGGUCGCCGUUUGAAGAGACGCCACACCGGUGCUCUUUUCUUUAUUAUUACGUUUCAAAUAACUACAAGGCAAACGUGCGUACAUUUUUGACUAGUGAUUUAUAGCGGUCAAGACGAAACGAAAAUGAAAACGAUACUCUUUUUUUGUGUGACAAUGGUGAUUGCUUAAAUUCUAAAUGAAAUUUAUUUUUUAUGGAUAUUCAUCAUCAUCAUCAUCAAAGGAACAAUAGCAGUCGACUGUAAAUUAAAAAAAAGCAUCUCUCUAUCAAGUGGAAUGAUAUUUGAGUUGAAUUCACUAUUAAUUUGCCAUCGAUUGCGUUCAUUCAGUUUCUCAAGAUGAUGCAGUGGUUUAGCUUCAGUGAUUAUCAUCACAUCCAUAAAAUGACAUCAAGAAAAAGCACCGUAUUCAUGUUCUUUGGCAUUAUUAUUGGGCUGUGUUUCGGCAUUCUGUUUAAGAACUACCGAGCCUUAGAAUUAGUGAAAAAAUGUAGUCUACGACCAAAUACGGGUCCCUUAGAAGUAAUAAAUUUGCAGCAAAGCGACACGGUGACAUCGUCACAAAGUAAUUUAGUAUUUGUUGGUGUAAUGACUGCUAAAGAAUUUUUAAGCGAUCGUGCCACCGCGGUGUAUGAUACAUGGGGAAAAGAGGUGCCAGGCCGUUUGGCAUUUUUUAGCUCAGAAGGAUCUUAUUCAGAACGACUGCCGGUUAUUGCCCUAAAAGGAGUGGACGAUCGCUAUCCACCGCAGAAGAAAUCAUUUCGAAUGUUGUAUUUUAUGUACGAACAUUAUAUUGAUAGAUUUGAAUGGUUUGCCAGAGCCGACGAUGAUGUUUAUAUCAAUACCGAAAAACUGGAGAAAUUUUUACGAUCCAUUGACAGCACAAAACCACAGUUUAUUGGACAAGCUGGUCGCGGUAAUUCGGAGGAGUUCGGCUUAUUGUCGCUGGAAUUUGACGAGAAUUUCUGUAUGGGCGGACCUGGUGUAAUAAUGAGUCGCGAAACAUUGAGACGAGUGGCCCCACACAUUCCGACUUGCCUUAAAAACUUGUACAGCACACACGAAGAUGUUGAAGUUGGGCGGUGUGUGCAAAAAUUUGCCGGUAUACCGUGCACUUGGAAUUAUGAGAUGCAAUCAAUUCUUCGUCACAAUUCAAGUGGUGCAAAUGCAUUCACUGGCAAUUUAAAAACGAAAGAAAUCCAUAAUGCAAUCACACUUCAUCCUCUCAAACGGCCACCUCUCAUGUAUCGUUUGCAUAGUUAUCUCCAAGGUCUUCGUGCACAGCAAUUGCGUCAAGAGACACUAUCUCUGCACCGCGACAUAGCAAUGAUGAAAACGAUUUUACUAUCCAAAUCGGAAGAUAAUGAAAUCGAUUUUUCGAUGAAAUUUGAAGGUUCUGAUUUAUCCAUAUUCCCAUCGAAUGAACCGGAUGAUGUAAAUUUUCUCGGCGAUCAUGAUGUGUUGAGUACAAAACCACAUUUAAAUAAGGCAAAAUCAAGCACCAGAGAAGAGUUAUUGACAUGGAAUUUCAUAGCUCGAAGCUUAUAUUCGGCCGAACAAACAAAUCCGAAGAAAAAACUUGAUUCGUCAUUGAGAGAAGGAUUAGACGAUGUAAUUGUCGAAGUUAUGGACUAUAUAAAUAAUUUUUCACGGCAAAGAGGGCGUGUAAUCGAUUUCAAAGAACUAUUGUAUGGAUAUAAUCGAUUGAAUUCGUUGUAUGGACAGGAUUUGGUGUUGGAUUUACUAUUGAUUUACAGAAAAUAUCGCGGCAAAAAGAUGACGGUGCCGGUUCGUCGUCAUUUAUACCUACAAAGAGCCUUCACUGAUUGCUUCGUCAGAGAAUUAAAACCAGACAACAUCUUUACCGAACAAAUGGAAACGACGAAAUUUGGUAAUCUGACGUCAAUGCUGUCAUUCAAAAUGAAAAACAUCUGGCAAUCAAGUGUUAAUCGAAUAUCGGAUACAAUUGCUAUGUCGCUGAACAAUACAGUGCAAAAUAAUCAAACGAAAACGUCACGAAGGAAUCGAAUUGAUCAAAUCAAGCCAACGAUUGUAUUUGUAUUACCAUUGGCCGGUCGUUUACAAACGUUCCAACGAUUUCUACGAAAUUAUGACCGUGUUUGUUUGCAACAUCCCGAUACACAAACUGAAUUGCUCGUUGUACUAUUCAACGAAAUGCAUUCGGAUGUGAGACCAUUUUAUGAUGAAAUUGAUCAACUUAAAACGAAAUACACGACAUCCGUGAUAAAUCACGUCACAAUUAAAGGGAAUUUUUCUCGUGGAAUUGCUUUGAAUCGAGCCAUACAUUCCGAACACAUUCAUUCGAACGACAUUAUAUUUUUUAUAGAUGUCGACAUCACAUUCAAACGAAUGUCCAUCGAACGCAUUCGUCUAAAUACAAAAUUAAACAAACAAGUUUAUAUGCCGAUUGUUUUCAGCGAAUAUAAUCCGUCGGUUUGGUCCGACGCUAAUUAUGAUAGUUCAUCCGAGUUUGAGGAAAAUGAAUCGCUCAAUUUGAACGAUAAUCGUGGAUAUUUUCGAGAAUUUGGAUAUGGUAUUUGUGCCAUUUUUAAAGCAGACAUUUUACAUCCCGAUAUAAAUGGAUUCAAUGAUGACAUCACCGGUUGGGGCUUGGAAGAUGUCAAAUUUUUGGAAAAACUUGUUAAAUUGCAACCAGCACCAAUCACAUCAUUUUUGAACGGACCAAAUUCAAAUUCAAGCAUUGUGCCAUUAUCAUUAAGUAUAUUCCGUUCACCCGAUCCAACGUUGGUGCAUAUUUAUCAUGAUAUUUAUUGUGAUAAAGCGCUCAGCGAAUCGCAGUAUACCAUGUGUUUGGGAACAAAGGCCAACACACUCGGCAGUUUCAAGCACAUUGAAUCCAUUUUCAUGAAUAAUAAGAGCAUAAUCGAUUUUAUGCGGUCGUCAACCACCAGUUAGAUAAGAAUAGAAAGAGGAAGGAAGAAGAAAGACAUUGGAAAUGUAGUAGUAAUAGUAGUUUUAGUAAACUGAAUCGAUUUUAGUUUUCGAACAUGUGUGAUAUUCGAUAUUUUUUUUUUUUGUAAAGAAUUUAGUCGCGUUAAUUUAAGAACAAACACAUUUCAUGUGCGAUGUUGUAACUGAAUCUCUGUGCUAAGCUUCAUUUGGUCAUAUAAUGUUACUCAUUAUUAUUUAAAAGGCACUAAAAUUGUUUUAAUUGAUAGUAAAGUACACACUCACACGCAACGCCACUGAGAAAUACCUCAUUAAUUUAGUUUGAAAUAAUAAUAAAGUCCAAUGAAUUGAGUUUAAAAAUAAA